AUGGAGAUUUCUGAUUCGGAACCAUCACAUAAACGAAGAAAAACCUACCACGACGAUGACUCCGCACGACAGGCGUACACGAUCGCUUGGAUAUGUGCGCUUCCCAUCGAGAUGGCUGCGGCCCGGGCCGUGCUAGAUGAUACCCACGAUCCCCUACCAACACUGCCGGACGACGACAAUACGUAUGUUCUGGGAAAUAUCAACGAGCAUAACAUAGUUAUCGCAUGUCUGCCAACAAAUCAGUACGGAAUAGUCAAUGCGGCAAAUGUUGUGACGAACCUGAAAAGAACGUUUACCUCGAUCCGAGUGGGAUUGAUGGUCGGCAUUGGCGGUGGCGUGCCCAGCAAAGUUGAUAUCCGACUGGGAGAUGUCGUUGUCGGAACCAGAGUCAUGCAAAUUGAUCUUGGAAAGAUCGUAGGAGAGGGGCAACUAGAGCGAACUGCGAUCGCUAGAGUACCUCAUCAAUCACUUGGGACAGCCGUAUCUUCCCUCCGCGCGAAGCACGAAAUAGGGCUCUGUCGCAUUCCAUCUAUUCUCCAGCAUCAUCUUGAAAAGUAUGGAUAUGGCCACCCAAAUAUGCCAGACCAUCUAUUUCAGGCACCAUAUCACCAUCCACCAGAAAAUGCCAGUUGCGACGAUUGUGAUAAAUCAAAGUUGGCUUUGCGAAGUGAACGGUUGUCGAAAGAGCCCAUGGUUCAUUAUGGCGCAGUUGCUUCAGGGAGUCAAGUGAUUAAAAACAGCGUCUUUCGGGACGAGGUAGCCCGUCAGCUGAAUGUCAUUUGCUUUGAAAUGGAGGCCGCGGGUCUCAUGGACAUUCUCCCCUGUCUCCCAGUUCGAGGUAUCUGCGACUAUUCUGACUCGCACAAGAGCAAAGAAUGGCAGAGGUAUGCCGCGGGCGCUGCGGCCGCAUACGCAAGAGAGCUGCUCGAAGAGAUACCCAUACCUGCAUCACAAAUACAAGAGUCUCAGCAUAAAUCACCCCCGGGCCCCUCUGAAAUUGUUCUUUUGCAGGACCGCCGAAAGCAGCUACUUGACUCUCUUCGAUUUACACAAAUUGAUAGUCGUAGAUUGACCGUCAAAAAAGAACAUGCUAAAACAUGCCAAUGGUUUCUCACCCACCCUGACUAUAAGGCAUGGUUAGAUCCAAAGAAACUAGUACAGCAUUAUGGUUUGUUCUGGGUGAGCGGCAAACCCGGCUCUGGAAAAUCGACGAUUAUGAAAUUCAUCUACUCAAACAUGAAGCAACGCCGCCAAGUUGCUUUGAAAGCUUCGUUCUUUUUCAAUGCUCGUGGAACUUAUUUGGAAAAAUCAGUAUUGGGAAUGUAUCGUUCUCUGUUGCUUCAACUACUUGAAGGAUUUCCCGACCUGCAGACAGUUUUAGAUGAUCCUGAUCUUAUCAUCGCCAAUUUUCAAAAGGCUGUUUCGUCCUUGGAUAUUCUGAAGAAGAUUAUUUUCAAGGCGGUUUCUCGACUAGGCCAUCGCACAUUCACAUGCUUCAUUGACGCCCUUGAUGAAUGCGACGAACAACAAGUGCUUGACAUGGUCCAGUAUUUUGAAGACCUAGCUUGCUACUCUUUAGCAAAUCAGCUGCUUUUCCGAGUUUGCUUUUCAAGUCGACAUUAUCCUUUUAUCAUCAUUCGGUAUGGUACCCGCCUGGUUUUGGAGCAUCAGCCAGGUCAUACUGAAGACUUAGAGGUGUUUGUAAAGAGCCAGCUCAGAGCCCAGGAUGCAGUUGUAAUUCAAAAGCUACUUGAAAAAGCUGCUGGCGUUUUCAUGUGGGUGGUUUUGGUUGUUGAGAUACUGAAUAAAGAGUAUGCUCGGGGUGCUAUGUCUGUUCACCGAAGGCUUGAAGAAACACCAAGUGAUUUGAGUGACCUUUUCAAAGAUAUUUUGAAACGUGAUAAUGAAGACAUGGAGCAGCUUCUGCUUUGCUUUCUUUGGAUCCUUUGUGCAAAUCGUCCUUUGCAACCCGAGGAGUUCUAUCAUGCUACUUGGUCCGGAUUGUCACUAAAGGGUUUAGUGGACGACACAAUCCCAGAUGCAUCAAUCACGGAUACAAAUCAGGGUCUACCUAGAUCCUAUAGAUAUGUGAUAAGCUGCUCUAAGGGACUCGCUGAAGUUACAAAAUCCGACAAGCCAGUUGUUCAAUUCAUCCACGAGUCUGUUAGUGACUUUCUCAUCAAGGAUAGGGGUCUUUAUGAGAUGUGGCCUGAAUUUGGUCUCGAUUGGGAGAGCCUAGGCCACGAGAAACUCAAAAUUUGUUGCAAUUUUUAUAUCACCCACAAGGUUGUGGGUGGAUUUACCGACAAUUUGACUCUGUGCACAAAGGAUGAGAACCAGGAAGUAGCCUCCUGCAAGUACCCAUUCUUAGAGUACGCAUGUCAAAGCAUUCUUCACCAUUCCAAUGCCGCAGCCAAAGUUGUACCGCAGGAUGAUUUUAUUUCUUCAUUCUCAUCUAAGUGGAUUAUCAUUCAUAACUUAUUUGAGAAGAGCUUGAAAUCAAAGAUGCGCGAGUAUAGCCCCAAGGCAAGUCUUCUUUACAUUUUUGCGGACCGAGGGCAUCCGGAGCUUAUCCGUGCGAAACUGAAAGACAACUCUGAUAUCAAUAUCCAUGGUGAGAGAUAUAAAUAUCCGAUAUUUGCUGCUCUGUCGCACGGUGAUAAAGCCAGUGUUGCUGCUCUUUUAGAUAUUCCUUCGACCAUUUGGGAAGGGGUUGAUAUCACCGAGGGUCUAAACAACAGGAAUGAUCUCGGAUCGAUCAAAGACCAAACACCUCUGUGCUGGGCUAUAUUACAUAGGAGACUUGGGAUUUUCAAACUUCUUCUGUUGAGAGCCCACCCCGUCAAUGGCAUUCAGCACUCUCGAUGUGAUACGCCACUUUCGCUCGCUUUAAACAUGGGCGAUGAAGUUAUGGCUCAACUCCUCAUAAAAAAAGGGGCAGAUGUGAAUGCAGCUACUGAAUAUGGACUGACACCAAUAUGCCACGCUUUGGAUAGCAAGAAUAACGUGAAAUCUCUUGUUAUUAUGCUUGUCGAAGGAGGAGCAGACGUAAACCAAGUAUGCAGCACAAAAACCUCAUACACACCGCUUCUUUACGCUUUAUAUCAAAGGCAGGAGGACGCUGCUAGGUUCCUUAUCGAAAAAGGGGCAUUCAUAGACAAAUGCAGCAGAGAUGGAGAUUCGCCCCUUCUGGUUGCCUCCCGUUAUGGAACCAAGGAAUUUGUGAAGUUUCUCAUCGAACACGGGGCAGACAUUCAUAAAAGCAACGGUUCCGGACAUACGCCUCUCGCACUAGCUUCGGCAAUUGGGAAUGAAGCUAUUGCUAGAUUGCUGAUUGAACACGGGGCAGACAUUCAUAAGAGCAACGAUUCCGGAGAUACGCCUCUCGCACUAGCUUCGGAAUUUGGGAAAGAUGCUAUUGCCAGAUUGCUGAUUGAACACGGGGCAGACAUUCAUAAAAGCAACGAUUCCGGAGAUACGCCUCUCGCACUAGCUUCGCGAUUUGGAAAUGGAGCUAUUGCCAGAUUGCUAAUUGAACACGGGGCAGACAUUCAUAAAAGCAACGGUUCCGGACAUACGCCUCUCGCACUAGCUUCGGCAAUUGGGAAUGAAGCUAUUGCUAGAUUGCUGAUUGAACACGGGGCAGACAUUCAUAAAAGCAAUGAUUUCGGAUAUACGCCUCUCGCACUAGCUUCGCGAUUUGGAAAUGAAGCUAUUGGCAGAUUGCUGAUUGAACACGGGGCAGACAUUCAUAAAAGCAACGAUUCCGGAGAUACGCCUCUUGCACUAGCUUCGGAAUUUGGGAAUGAAGCUAUUGCUAGAUUGCUGAUUGAACACGGGGCAGACAUUCAUAAAAGCAAUGAUUUCGGAUAUACGCCUCUCGCACUAGCUUCGCGAUUUGGAAAUGAAGCUAUUGGCAGAUUGCUGAUUGAACACGGGGCAGACAUUCAUAAAAGCAACGAUUCCGGAGAUACGCCUCUUGCACUAGCUUCGGAAUUUGGGAAUGAAGCUAUUGCUAGAUUGCUGAUUGAACACGGGGCAGACAUUCAUAAAAGCAAUGAUUUCGGAUAUACGCCUCUCGCACUAGCUUCGCGAUUUGGAAAUGAAGCUAUUGGCAGAUUGCUGAUUGAACACGGGGCAGACAUUCAUAAAAGCAAUGAUUUCGGAUAUACGCCUCUCGCACUAGCUUCGGAAUUUGGGAAUGAAGCUAUUGCUAGAUUGCUGAUUGAACACGGGGCAGACAUUCAUAAAAGAAAUGAUUUCGGAUAUACGCCUCUUGCACUAGCUUCGGAAAUUGGGAAUGAAGCUAUUGUCAGAUUACUUAUUGAGCACGAGGCAGACAUUUGUACACGUGGUUGA